AUGGCUGAAUCUGUAACUCCAAGUAAUCCAUUGGCAAAUUCUAUUUCUUUAAAUGGAGAAGAAAUUAAUCCGUCAGUACCAACAAUGCCAACAACAGAUACUGACAUUGCACCAACACACACAACAACUAUUACAAAUCAACCAGUCACUGAUGAACAUGGUAGUAAUGAAACUAUUGUUACAAAAAAAGGAAGAAGACUUCACCAAUUUGGGACAAUUUUGAUCAAGUUGAAAGUUCUGAAGGUACAAAAGCUAUUUGCAAGAUGGAAUCUUCAAAAAAGGAUUUUGAGUUUUGUUCAGGUACCUGCUCCUAGACGUGGCAUUGAUGUUGCGGAUGCUAUUUUCAAGUGUUUGAAGACUUGGGGAAUUGAAAACAAAGUCUUCUCAGUAUCUGUUGACAAUGCUUCCUAUAAUGAUUCAUGUCUAAGGGCUCUUAAGGAUACUAUUUCAGAUAACAACUCAUUACCUGUUGGUGGUAGUUUGUUUCAUGUUAGGUGCUGUGCACACAUUCUGAAUUUGUUGGAAAGAGAACCUCACUACAAUUACGAACCAUCAUCAGAGGAUUGGAGGAAAGUUGAGAAGAUUUACAAACUUUUAAAAGUUUUUAAUCUUGCUACUCAUGUCAUUUCUGGUAGUGAGUAUCCUACUGCAAACUUGUACCUUCCUGAAGUUUGGAGAGUGAAACAAGUAAUUGAUGAUGCUAUUGAAGAUAGAGAUUCCUUCAUGAGAGAAAUGGCAACCUCAAUGAAAGAAAAGUUUGACAAAUAUUGGGGAGAAUGCAAUAUGGUAAUGUCUCUUGCUUGUGUUUUGGAUCCUAGGUGCAAAUUACAUGUUAUUAAAUUCUGUUUUCCUUUAAUUUACAAACCUGAAUAUGUGGCUACUGAAAAUGUUGAAAAAGUGAAGAAUACAUUGCAAGAAAUGUAUGAUGAAUAUGCUGAAAAGUGUCAUGGUGAGACAAUAAUAAGUGGAGUUAAUACUAAUAGUCUAAUUGCUUCUUCUAACGUGGUUAGUUCUGAAAUUAGUGGAAUUGAUGAAAUGUUGAAUAUGGUUCGAGAAAAAGAAGCCAUUCAUCCAACAAAAUCAGAAUUAGAAGUUUAUCUUGAUGAGAGUGCUUACAUUCCUGAAGGCAAUUCUAAGUCUUUUAGUGCUUUGGAGUGGUGGAAAAAUAAUAGCUUGAAAUUCAAGGUUUUAUCUAAAAUGGCAACGGACAUACUAGCAAUUCCUGUAUCAACCGUGGCUUCAGAGUCUUCAUUUAGUGCUGGAGGAAGAGUUAUUGAUGAAUAUCGUUCUCGACUAAAUCAAGAGUCUAUUGAAGCUCUCAUUUGUGGAGGAGAUUGGCUUCGGAACAAGUAUGGUUUGAAGAAAAAACCAAAGGUUACAGGCCAGGCUAAGGCCAAUAUACUCUAUUACAGGCCUGGCCUGUUAAGACUAAAGCCUGACCUGGCCUGGCCUGUUUCCACCCCUACUUACUGGGAGCGUCCUUUCUGUGAUCUUAUAGAUUAG